CAGGGGGUGGGAGGCUUUAUAAACAGGGAGGCCGAUUCUCCAGUGGGCUUGAGUUUGGUAGGCGGCUAAGCCUUUGCCGCUUCAAUGGUGCAGCUUUCAGAGUCCCCGCUCCGCCGCCCUUCACCUUCUGAGGAAGGGGAGGAGAAGAGUAUGAAGCCAGCCAAGCAGCAGGUGACCCAAUGUUCUCCUGGCGAUAACCAGUCUCCUCUGAGCCCCCUGCAGGCAACUUUGCAUUCAGCUACUACGGCAUCUCAGGCUUAUGAGACCUACAUUGAAAAUGGGCUUAUCUGCCUAAAACACAAGAUCAGGAACAUUGAAAAAAAGAAGCUCAAACUAGAAGACUAUAAAGAGCGCCUGAAAAGGGGGGAGUCCCUCAAUCAGGAUCAGCUGGAAGCAGUUGAAAAAUAUGACGAAGUGAUCCAUAACUUAGAGUUUGCUAAAGAACUUCAGAAGACAUUUUCUGGGCUCAGUCAAGAUCUGCUGAAAGCACAGAGGAAGGCUCAGAGAAGGGAGAAUAUAAUGAAGCUUGAAGCAGAGAAGAAGAAGCUCCGCACGGUGCUGCAGGUCCAGUAUGUGCUGCAGAAUUUCACCCAAGAACAUGUGCAGAAAGACUUCAAAGCUGGCUUGAACAGUGCAAUAUGCUUGCCUUCUAAAGAACUAGACUACCUCAUUAAGUUUGCAAAACUGACAUGUCCAGGAAGAAGCGAGACCCUUAGUGUUGAAGACCAAAUGGAACAAUCAUCACUCUACUUCUGGGACCUACUGGAAGGCAAUGAAAAAGUAGUGGUUGGGACAACUUAUAAGCACCUAAAGGAUCUGUUAUCUAAGCUGCUAGAUUCUGGUUAUUUUGAAAACGUCCCUGCUCCUUGUAAUGUACCGGAAAAAGAAGAACUGAAAGAAGAAAUGCCUAGAAGACCUGAAAGAACAAGACAGCCAUCAAAACCAGAGUCUGUCAAAGAACCAGAACUUCAAAUGGAUUGUGCUCAGCCUGAGAUACAGUCUCAAGAGUUUCUCAAUAGACGCUACUUGCCUGAAGCGGAGUACUCUUCCAAGAAGCCUGAAGAACCAAAACCCUGGGAAAUGGAACACAGUAAAAAGAAAGACCCUCCCAGGACCUGGGAAACGCUUGUUGACAUGGAAGAACAGGAGCAGAAGAAGCAGAAACAAGAAUCUCUGAAGCCUCUGGAGUCCCUGAGGCAGCAGGCGAAGAAGCAAGAACUUUCAAGACCUUGGGAAGUUAAAGAGGAAGAUCACAAGCAAGAGGUUCCAAAGCCUUGGGUAGCACGGGUUAGGGAUCAGCAAGACCCUCCAAAGCACUGGGUGAGCAAAGUUAAAGAGGAGCCAGAGCAAAAGCAGGAGCUGACAAAAACUUGGGUUGGUCAGACAAGGGAGGAAACUGCACCGAAGCCGGAGCCUGUGAAGCCUUGGGGUGCGUGCAUUAGAGAAGAGGUGGAGCCAAAGAGACAGAACCCUGGAAAACCCUGGGUAGCACACAUUGGGGAGGAGAUGGAACCCAAGACACAGUCUUCGAAGACUUGGGUCACCCCUGAGGGACCCCAGCGAUCACAGCCUUUACAGACUCCUCCAAAGAGCUGGGCAGCCGCCAGUCUUGUGCCAAAGGAGCGGUUUGGGCCAAAAAAGCCUGAUUUGGAGCCCAAAGAAAGACGAGAACGCAAACAGAAGCCUGAAUGCGACAUGAACCAAGAUGGAAAAACAGAUGGAUUAAGUGGACAAGGCAUUGAUGCUGUAAGGAAAAAAGAGAGCCUUCAGUCAGUUGGGGAAUCCUGUAAACUACCUAGGAGCUUUCCGAGCAUCAUGCAGGUGCCAAAGCCUGUGCACCAACCAGCUGCUGAAUUCUGCUCUACUUCUAGUCUUCCAAAGGAUCCAGUACUAAGAAGGGAAAAACUACAGGAUCUGAUGACUCAAAUACAAGGGACCUACAAUUUCAUGCAAGAGUCUCUCCUGGAUUUUGAUAAACCCUCACAAAGUGCUGCGUGUUCAUCACAAGCGCCUCCAAUUGAUUCUGCGGGCAAUCCUAAUCAAAAACUUUCAAGUCAAAAUGAUUUCCCUGAACAACCAGUGCAGGCUGUUGCUUCUCCUGUGACCUUGCAGGACUCAAGCACUUCCUUAGCUUCUGACAACACAGCCUCUGGGUCUGGACUUGAAACCAAACUUGAACUUGGAACGCCAGAGAGUCCGCAGGCAUCUGUCCCACUUUCUCAAGAAUCCGAGAACUUCAGUUCACCUCAGUCUUUGUAUCAAGCAAGCCAACGAAUUUCUGAGCCCUUAAUGCCAAAAAAAAUUGAAACUGCACCGGCACCUGUUCCUCUUUUAAGUGAAUCGCAGAUACCGUUGACACAGUCGACUGCGACCAUGUCACCAGUGCCCCAAGCAAAAGCUUUCCCGUCUCCUCCAGCAAGUAGCAGUUCUGUUAAUGUGAAAGCAGCUCCCUUCCAGGCUAUGCAGACAGUAUUCAAAGUGAAUGCACCUCUGCCACCUCGCAGAGAGCAGGAUAUAAAAGAGAACUCCCCACAUCCCGCAGGAUAUAAUCAGAACUUCUCUACAGCAAGUACACAGACUCCACUCCAGUGUAAAUUACAGUCUGCUCAAAACGCUGAACAAACCACUUUUUCUCAAGAGCCUUUAUUGAACGCUAAUUACCACGUUGAGGGGACAGUUCCUGUAAGCAACGGUAGCCUCACCUUUUAUGCAGCGCAGACGACACCUUUCCCAAGACCACCGCAACCAUUCGUCACAGCCCGAGGGUCAGUCCGAGGCCCCCUCAGAGGGACAAGAUCAGUUACCAACGCCUACCGCUCGUCUGGUGGCUAUAAAGCUGGUUUCGAAGCCUACAGGGGACCCCCUUCAAUGUCUAAUGGCAGCUAUAGCCACUUGCAGCUUCCUGGCAGAGAUUAUUCCAGCAUGCAGUAUCCUCAGAGGGAUGUGAAUUACCAACAGAACUAUAAGCGAGGAGGAGGAGGAGGAGGCAGUGGCAUUAAUAGUGGGCGAGCAAACUCGAGAGCAGGAUGGAGCGAUUCUUCUCAGGUGAGCAGCCCAGAACGUGACAAUGAGACCUUUAACAGUGGGGACUCUGGGCAGGGUGAUUCCCGCAGCAUCACUCCUGUUGACAUGCCAGUGACGAGCCAAGCGGCCACCAUACUACCUGUUCACGUCUAUCCCCUCCCGCAGCAGAUGAGAGUGGCUUUUUCCGCUGCUAGAACUUCUAACUUGGCUCCGGGAACUCUUGAUCAGCCCAUUGUGUUCGACCUGCUGUUGAACAACCUUGGCGAAACCUUCGAUAUCCAACUCGGUAGAUUCAGUUGUCCAGUGAACGGCACCUAUGUCUUUAUCUUCCACAUGCUGAAAUUGGCUGUGAAUGUUCCCUUGUACGUGAACCUAAUGAAAAACGAAGAGGUUCUAGUAUCCGCGUAUGCCAAUGAUGGGGCUCCAGAUCACGAGACUGCGAGUAACCACGCAGUCCUCCAGCUUUUUCAAGGAGACCAGAUUUGGCUGCGCCUUCAUAGAGGAGCCGUUUAUGGGAGCAGUUGGAAGUACUCUACCUUCUCAGGAUACCUCCUGUAUCAAGACUGAACACUGUUGUUUACAAUAAUAAAGUUGCUUCAAACAGCCUGAAGGAAGAUGGAAGGUGGGAGACUUAACUUUUGCACUUCAUACUGGUUACUUAGAC